AUGGCGGUGCGGCGGCAGCUGCGGCGGCUGUUCCAGGAGCCGCACAUCAGCGGCGUCAUCACGGUGGAGCGGCCCCCGCCGGCCCCCGCCACCCCGCCACCGUCCCCAUCCCCAGCGGAGGCUCCGCUGCGGCGGCGGGGGCUGCGGCCGGAGGACUGCGCCGUGUUCCAGUGCCGCGGGUGCCGGGCGGUGCUGGCGGACUCGCUGCACCUGUGCGCGCAGGAGGAGCGGCGGCUCGGCCUCCUCGCCUGCCUCAGAGUCACCGAAGACGUGGCCUGGGAGGACGCGCUGCUGGUGGGCCUGGAGGGAGCCCUGCUGGGCUGUGCUUACAAUGCGUUAUACUGUCGGUUGUGUGGCUCGAUGGUGGGCUUCAUUCUUUAUUCUGCAUUCAGUAACCUGGCUUAUCUCCGAGGCUUAUUCUGUUUCUUCAAGGAGAGCAUCCUCUGCUAUCUUUUAAAAAACAAAAUAACAAUAGAAGCAUCUAAGGUGAAUUUUCCUACUUUGACCCUAAAGGAACAACUGGGGAAACUGAAAGAAAAGCUUGUGGUGGUCCACAUGCGUCUAGAAUUGCUGAUAAAGAAGAUGGAGGAACUGAAGCAAAAGGACAUGGCAGAAAGUAUGGCUCUGCAUCAGAUGCAGUUGCCGUAAUGCCAGGAUAUGCAAUAGUCAAGACCAACAAUAAUAUGCCAUUUUGAAGAACUACCUGGGCCGUUUCUGCAUCUCUACUGAGUUUGUUCAUUAUGAGGAAAUAAUGCAGCAGAACAGGUUUGAGAGAGCUAUCUGUCGUUAUAUCUGUAUACAGAAAGAAUUGGGACUUAAAUGCACCUCUUUAUUCUGAGGGGAACACCUGAAAAUCUAAUGUUCUUAAGCUAUGCUCAGAAAAACGCGUAGCUUUUGGCUGCUCCACGAAGCUUAGGCUGUGAGCCACUGCCUUUGAUAGAUGUGAGCUGUGAAAGCAAGGAACAGUCUUUUCUUCCCCUUUACUUCUGGUCAAUCACAGGAACACUGCUCUCCUGAAACUGUGAUGAUCUUCCUGCUGCCUUCCCUUGGCCAGUCAAGAUGUCUUGUAAAAGGUACCUAAGGGGUACUUACUAGCUUUGAUUUUUUAUUGGAUUCUGCUUUUUUUCCAAACAUCUAGAAAGUAAUUUGAUGGAAAAGAAAGAAGGCUACUUACCCCUAGUUAUUGAGACAGAAUAUCUUUGUCCCUAGUUCCCAUUUGUUGGAAGACUGGGGGGUCCUUUUCCUCCUCCUCCUGCUGCCUAAAGGGCUUGAAACUGAAUUUUUGAAACUGUAAAAUGUAGUAGCUUCACGUAUCAGUCUGGAGAGGGUUGUAUUUACUUGAUCAGAUUCAUUCCAGUGAUUCAGUUUGCCAUUCCCUUCUUUCUGCUUUCCAUAUGUGAUUGGCAGAUUGCACUGUGUUGCUGAUGAUACCGGUACUCUCUGCAUUUCAUGCAGAAAUUACUUAUUUGUAAAAUAACUCUUGUAACAGGCUUGGAGCAGAGGGGAUGAAACUCACUGCAAGGCACCUUGCAGGCUUAUGUGGACAGCUGGUAUUUAUGCUACUACUUAGGUUCAGUGUGCUGGUUUUUGAUUAAAAGUCCUGGAUUGUCUCCAUUUAUUCUGAUUAAGCAAUAACAACAUCAAGAGCCAUUUGCUGGGAAAGAAGCAGCUCCCUCUGUUAAAUUCUAACAGUACAUGCUCUCUAAAUGAUGAUUAUCAUCAUCAGCGUUUUACAACUUUGACAGGUAUAAACGCAUAAAUGCAGUACUUCUCAAUGACAGCAAAAUUUGGGCUAUCAGAAGUAACUACCUGAAAUAAAUAUUACACUCUAGUAAGAUCUGCUUCAUUGCCUGUAAUGAUUAAUGUUAUCUUCUCCAAAAUGUGCUCUAGCCUGAACAUUUAACUGGAGAGCUGUUUUUUUCAACAAUUGUCGCUGUACAUUCAUGUAAAGUUUGGAGUUGUAUAUGGUUACCUCAUUACUAAGAACAAAGACUUUUUUUGAAAUUUAUUUUUACAAUACUUCUGCAUUAUGUUUAACAGCCUCUUUGUCUUUAACUGGGGUUUUGUGACUAAACUCACCUUGUGCAAAUAUCCUUCCAAUCUCAUGUAAGUGUUUUCCUUUGUAAAACUUCACCUUUUUGUUACUUUUUAAGUGUCAGUUCUUCUGUUGCAUCAGUCCAAGAAACACGAUAGGUAAUGGGACUAUUCACUUCUGCCCAUUCAUUCUGGUUUCUGCGUUGACAUUUUUCUUGUUAUAUAAUUCACAUUUAUACUGUGUAUAAUAUAAAUAGUGCAAAAUUGUCCUCCUUCAUUUAGCUAAGUAUGCAUCCCUAAGAGGAAAAGAAAGCUGUCAGUUGCAUUUUUUUUAUAUUAUCUUUACUGUUGUAAAGAAGACUUAAAAAA